CGUAGCUGAGUCUUUUGGAGCAGGGCUAAGUAGAGGGGAUGAAACAGUGGAAGGGAUUUUGAGCUGGGAGCUGUGUGUGAGUGUGAGCAGUGCUCAUUCGCGAGUCAUCGAGUUAAAAAUAACUUUAUUGUGGUAGAUCAUGUUUGGUAGGAGGGACCUGCUUCCCAUGCUAGGACAGCCUGUCGGGCAAGGGAGCAGUCUGUGUGUCUGUGUGAGUGUGUGUGUGUGUGUGUGUGCGCGUGCUGACGGAAGAGGAGUGCUGGCACCCGUGGCACAUACACACACACACACACACACAUGCGCGCGUGCCUGCGCUUACUCUGCUCCCCUGACGGCGUGUGUCCUGUGCCCUGUGCUUUAGAUGAUGCGGUGGAUAUAAGCAGCAUCCAUGAGCGCUAUGAGCGACUCUUCCGAUGAGCUCGACGCACCAGGCAGCCUCCGCGAGAGAGCGGCCAUCUUCUGCCAGGGGAACAUGAGCAUGCUGGGAGGCGACCCUGCCCUCAUCCCACUGCGCUCGCCAGUCCAGCCGCCCGGGGCCCUACCCAGCAAGACCGUUGAUACCACCGCUGCCGGCCUCUUCAGAGGGACUAGGAAAUACAGAGAGGGGGAAGAGAUGCAGAUGAGCCUGGUCUCAAGUCCCUUCCCAGACCUCUUCCCUUCAGAGUGCUUGUUACCCUGGACCAAAACCAGCGCAUCUCAGGUGAUCAGAGUGUACAGCGAGGACAACAGCAGCCGAGCCGUGGAGGUGCCCAGUGACAUCACGGCUCGGGAUAUCUGCCAGCUGUUUGUGCUGAAGAACCACUGCAUUGAUGACCACAGCUGGACGCUGUUUGAGCACCUCACUCACCUGGGGAUCGAGAGAACCAUAGAAGACCAUGAGUCAGUCCUGGAGGUGCAGUCUAAUUGGGGCAUGGACUCAGACAGCCGCCUGUAUUUCAGGAAGAAUUAUGCCAAAUAUGAAUUCUUCAAGAAACCUCUGGACUUUUUCCCAGAGAAUAUGGUGUCUAUAUCAAGUGAAGCCAAUGGACUCAUGAACCACUCCCAGCUUAUCCAGACAUUUCUGAACUCCAGCACGUGUCCGGAGAUUCAUGGCUUCCUCCACUCGAAAGAGCAGGGCAGGAAGUCCUGGAAGAAGUUCUACUUUGUGUUAAGAAGGUCUGGACUGUACUUUUCCAAUAAGGGCACAUCGAAGGAGCCCAGGCACCUGCAGUUUGCUGCAGAGUUCUGUGACAGCGAUGUCUACACUUUGUUAUCCGCCAGGAAGACACACGGAGCUCCAACCGACUACGGAUUCUGUGUGAAGCCGAGUAAGUCUAGCUCGGCACGGGACCUCAAACUGCUGUGUGCUGAUGACGAGCAGACCAGGACGUGCUGGAUCACAGCCAUGCGCCUCUUCAAGUUUGGGAUGCAGCUGUACCAAAACUUCAUCCAGCCUCAUCAGAAGCAGAAAAGCUCUCCGAUGAGGAGCAUCUCGGAGAACUCUCUUGUGGCGAUGGAUUUCUCAGGGCAGCGGAGCCGUGUGAUUGAGAACCCGUCGGAGGCUCUGUCUGUGGCGGUGGAGGAGGGUCUGUCGUGGAGGAGGAAGAGCUGCCAUCGACUGAGCCAUGGAAACUGCUCCCCUUCCCAGAGCUCCCUAUCCAACAUCGCGAUCCACAUGGCCCAGCCUUGGUUCCACAGCAAACUGUCUCGAGACGAGGCUCACAAGCUGAUAACGCAGCACGGCCUCAUUGACGGGGUUUUUCUCUUAAGGGACAGCCAAAGUAACCCCAAGACAUUUGUUCUGUCCCUGUGUCACACGCAGAGAAUCAGACACUUUCAGAUUCUUCCUGUGGAGGAUGAUGGUGAGCUCUUCUAUAGUCUGGAUGAUGGAAACACGCGCUUCAGUGACCUGCUACAACUGGUGGAGUUUUACCAGCUCAACCGAGGCGUGUUGCCCUGCAAGCUCAAACACCACUGUGCCCGAACCACCCUGUGAGCUGCCCCCUAUCCAUGUGCACCCCCCCCGACCCACCCAACCUCAUCUGCCCCGACUUCCCUCUGAGCACCUCCUACUCCAACCCUACACACUGUCUGCUCGGCUCCAUUCCCAAACCUCUCUGUCCCCAACCACGUUGUAAGCUCUGGAACCUGCCCCAGGUCCAAAUGCCCUGCCGUUCACCUCUGGCACCCUCGACACCCCCAACCCGCAACCCCCUGUGCAUUGACAUGCAACCAAACAGACAGGGAGGCUCUGGAUAAAUUGCCAGCGCAGUUCGUGCCUUGGACAGGAAACUGGGAGGGAAGCCAGCCAGCCUAAAACCCCUGACUCCCCCAGCCUGGUUUCACUGUUCACCACUCUCGUGAGAAUUAGGGUCAUUUACUGUACAAUGGGGUGAUGGGAAGUCAGAUGUCAGUGAAGAAAGUAAUAGGACUCGUUAAGUGCUUUUGGUCAGAUUUGGUUGCACGAAAGAGUAGUUUGUGUUUUACAAUGAGAAAGGGACUGGUGUGUUUUUAAGACGAAGGCUCUGGCUAAUGUACUGUGCUGACGUGCAGAAGUCAGUGCUCUAAAGGAUUCAAAGCUCUCGCUCAGUGGACAGCAGGGGGCUACAGUAGCAAACUGUCAAUCGAAGCUCAAUUCUGGUGGUGGACGACCUGCGUGUCCAUAUCACAUCAACAGAAUUGACAGACAUGGCCAUAAUCACAUGUGCACAAUAAGCUGAACCUGUUGAAUUGGCCAGAAGGGGGAGGUGUCCUGGAGGACAGGAACACCCUCCCCUUCUGUGCUUUUGGGUAAAAUGUUUUCUCUUUUUUUCCUUUUUCUCUUUCUGUUAAUCAUGUGACUAAAUAUUCAGGUAUUUUAUAAAAAUGUGAUAUGUGUAGUUUGUUUGAGAGGUCUGUGGCUAGCUGAAAAGACUCCGAGCUCCAUGCAUGCUGUAGGACACAUUUCGUCCGCCUGCGACAGUUGCGUUAGCAUGAGCAAGUAGCCAUGGACAUACAUGCAGACACACACACACACACACACACACACACACAUACAUGUCCCUUCAGUCUCUGUUCUGCCGGAACGUGGAAUGUAUCAAUGCACACAGACACAUACCACAGAGAUCCACAUACCACUGGCACCCAUGUACACACCCACUCAACACAUGCACAGAAACAUAUACACACUACCCUAGAACAAUGCUGGAUCACACUGUAAGUGGUUUACAUGAUGAUAAAUUUUCAAACUCGGACAAAAUGUUAUAUAGAUACAUCAUCACUCACUAUUAAUAAUCAAACAUUUCAUAACUCUUCUAUAUAAAAAGUGAUAUUUUCAAAAUGUACUUGUCAAGAUUCAGGUUCACAGUGCUCCACACCUGAGUUGAUAAAUGUUUUGUUUUAUAGAAAAAGACCACUACAGUCAUAGUCUGGACACGUGCUUUUCUCUUCAGGUUGUGAGAUGUUAUCAUUUCACCCUCAAACCUUCCCUUAAAACAGGCUGAUGGAAGUUGCAAAUCACACGCGACUAACACAUUGUACUGUAAAAAACUAAAGAACAAUGUACUUGAUAAGAAAAAAAGAAGUAUGGUAUUUUAAUAUGUAAAAACAUUGAAUGCAUUUUGAGUUGAAAGCCAGGAAAAAAAUGUCUCUCUCUUUCUUAUUUUUCCUUCUUUUUAAUGGAAAGAGAACAGUGCAUCAUUAUGAUGGUCUUUGUGUAGAAAUUCAUAUGUGUGUGUAUUGCUUGAGUCCUGUUUUGUAGUCUUUAGUAUGCAAAAUGAAUCCAAAAUUAUAAAUUGUUUUAUAUCCAUGGAUAAAAAAAUGCAUUUUGAGAGGUUUGAUUUGCCAUUGUUUAUUGCACUGUAGUCAAAACACUGGUAACUUUUUAUUUCCCAUGCUGAGGGAUAUCUUUGACUGUUAAAGACUUUUGAUAACGUGUAGGUUUAUUACUGCUGCAAUGUUCUCGUGCGUCUGCUCCAAUAUGCUCUGCUCUUUUUGAUACAGACCCCAACAGUGUAGUGUAUGUGAAAUGACACUGUUUAUAUAUGUCUCCUAUAAAACUGGCUUUGUUCACCUGCUUCAA